UUUGCUUGUGCAGAUGACGCUUUACUACUGACAGGAGCCAUGGCAGCACACCUGUACUGGCUAUUAUUCUGUCUUACGUCUUUCUCAGCUACAUAUGGCCUUUAUGAAGAUCAAAUAGGAAAGUUUGACUGGGUUCAGCAGUAUGUGGGUGUCGUUGAACAUGCUGUUUUUGACGAGUCCAGCGUGCCUGCAAGGCGCAUUAUUGUGGCUACUGCACAGAAUGUACUAGCUGCUCUUUCGACUAAAAAUGGUGAUAUCGCAUGGCGACAUGUCUUGGAAACCUCAGACUCUGGAAAAGUUGAUCUGCUAUCUAGCGAAGGUCCACAAGUGACUACUGUUGCGGGUAAUCUUUUGCGAAGCUGGGAUGCCAUUUCUGCUGCACUUAUUGAAGAAAUACAGUUAGAUCAUUCCCCAUCUCCUGGUGUAUUACAACGAGCAGUAAGUCUUACUGAUAAUGAGGUAAUCUUGGCUGAGCUUGUUGCUGGAUCACUUGUAGUGACAACACUUGACCGAUCAUCUGGAGCUGCUCUGGACCAUGAAACGAUUGUGGCACCUUGGUUGAAUGAGAAUACCAAGUGCUCUUCUAUAGAUAAGACACUGGUAUGUGUGGAGCUUUCUUUAGGCUUGGUGUUCACCUUGCCACUGACUGCUGCAUCACCAUCCUUCUCAUCUCAGCCUUUGGCUUCUAUCGGAUUGGAAGAUCCAGGAGCUAAUUCCCAGGUGAUUCUACAGAAAGUCCCUGGAUCUACGAGUCAUUUGGUUAUUCAGGUGGCAGGUAUUAGGAAGCUUGUACAUAUACAUGAAAGUGGACUGCAUCUUGGGCUGGAGUUGACUGGCACAAAGGCUUCUUCCAUAACAGAAGGGGUGCUCUAUACCAUAACUCAAACAGGACGGUUGGUGACUAUUGAAGCCAUUGAGUUAGAAUCAGGUAAUGAGCUUGGGGAGCAGGGUGUGGUAGUGGAGCUUCCAUUCCAAUCUGGCACAAUCCUUUCACUUGCUGUUUAUCGUUUUGAAAGACGAGAUGGAGGCAUGGCUCUUCGUGCAUUUGUUACCUGUUCAGAUCAUGCACUUCACCUUAUAAGCAGUGCAGGUGUUGUUUGGUCCAGAGAGGAGGCAUUGGCUUCAGUGAUUGCAGUGGAAGCCGUAGACCUUCCUGUAGAUGGAGCAAACAUUAACUACCAAGAGCAGUUGCCACCUCGAACAGGUUUGAUGGGCAGCCUUAUACAUCGUGUCAAAACCCAAUGUUCUCAUAUUACUCACUGGCUUAGUUCCUUGGUUGGAAGCUCGGACUCUUUCGAGGCAUCCCUUCACACCCUUAAACGGGAUGAAUUGAACCUUCGGAAGUUGCUAGUGGUGGCUACAGGUAGUGGUAAGGUAACAGGGGAAGGCCUACUUGUGGUGUUUAAUCCCAUAUCUGGUACAGCUGUAGGAGAUAGAGGAGAUGUUAUACCUUUGGGCUACCAUCUCACUCAGGCAGUGCUUAUGCAUCAUGCUGAUGAACAGUAUCUCAAGCCUCUCAUGUUGGUGGACAAGGCACUUAUCCCCCGUAUGUUCCCAGUCAGUGGAGAGAAAGUUGUGCUGGAGCACAAAGAUGCCAUCUUCCUUCAUUUGACUCAGCCUGGCAGCAGUGCCCUUACAGGCUACUCUCUUAGAUUCUCUCAGCCGGGG